UUGCGUCUCGACAUCUUACACAAUUGAAGAUUCUUAGCUCAUAUGUAGCAUCAUAUUCUGUGCAUGCAUUGAUCUCGAGUCGAUAUUCAUCGCUCAUGGCGACAACACGAUGGGCGCUUCGUUCGCAAACCUCGCUUGUUGAGCAGUUCGUUGGCCAGUCUCUGCAUGAUAUACCCCUACCAGCGGCAGUAUUGGACAUCGCCAAAGUCAGAAGAAACUGUGCGAGGAUGUUGGAGGCAGUAGACGAGUUAAAUUUUGACUUCUUGCCCGAGGUUAGCAGCCACAAGACAACCGAGAUAACGCGCCUUCAAUUAGGAGCCAACGCAGAGGAAGUCAGAGUUUUGGUGACAAGCCUGUGGGAGGCAACUAAACUUCUGCCUUUAUUGCUUGACUAUCAGAUUACCGGUGUUCAAGUCAAUAUUACUUACGGCGUCCCCCUGACGCCGUCCCAGGUUGAAGACGCUGCAGAAAUCUCGAAGCAACUUGGUAGACGAGGCGGUAACAUCCGAUUUCUUCUAGAUCACAUCUCCCAAGUUGAUCUUGUGGAGCAAGUAGGUGAAACAUCAGGAUAUCCGCCUCGUGUCUACAUUCUUGUCGAUAUUGGUGAUGGCUUCUCAGGAGUUCGUCCAGGAACACCGGAAUUCCGCCAACUGUUCUCUCGGAUUGAACAGAUCGUACUUAGUCAAGGAUCCCAAUCCCUAGCCUUUGUCGGCUUUUAUAGUGACAUAGCAUUCCCAGACGAGUCAUCCGACCUUGUCUCGCACCUGAGACUUCUUGACCGACAAUUGGCCAUGUUAUUACAUGCCUCUCCAAUUGAAGUCCUCAGACUGACUGUGCGCGCACCACCAAACCUGUGGCUUUCAUUGCAUGCAACGGAAGAGCUGUCGUCAAGAGAACUUUCGAAACUGAAACAUACGCUUGUAGCAACGAGCGAAGCCAAUCAUGCGAUCGAGGCGCACAGUGGAGAUUACGUAACUCUGGACCUUCGAAGUUUGGUCCACAAUUCGCAAGCAACUUUUGAUGGCACAGCUGCUCUCAUGUAUGACGAUAUAGCGUUGACAAUUUUAACUGAGGUAUCAAGCUUGUACCCUAGACGUGGUGAAAAUGGACGUUUGGAAGCUUUCAUCUCUGUCGGCGGUUCAGCAUUCCAGGACGGAGUCGGAUGCGGAGGCGUGGUAAGCCAGUGGAACAUGAAGUCAAGAUCCGCUUUAAAUACGGAUUCCAGUUGUGAAUGGGAGAUCAGCCGCUGUCGUGGAGAUUCUGCUGUUUUAGUCUGGAUUGGAGAGAACGAGCCAAGUGCAGACUCUCUGGUAGGUCAACGAUUGAGAAUAUAUCCGUACGAUGCCAGUCGUGCAGGUGACAGGUUUGCAUGGUAUUAUGUAGUAGAUUCGAGUCGACUUGGCAGAGAGGACGAGAUUGUCGACAUUUUCGUGCGAUGGAGGGGAUGAGACGAAGUCUGAGUAGCUGGUGCAGCAUUGUUUUGCUGGUAGAAACGCGCCGAGGACGAAUAUGUGUAGAAUAUAUCAACGCCCCCCCUCUAGGUGUGUCUAUGGGCAAUCGCUUCUCAUAUCCUCACUUUCAACAUUGGGUGCCGAGGACUAGAUGCUUC